AGUAUAGAAUUUGAUUCUAUUAUAUGUAUUGAAAGAAACUAGUAGGGGUGUGAGGUAAGAAUUGUAUAUAAAUAUAUAACGGAUGGAUAGCUAGUUGGUAUAGUGAAACACACAAAUUAGCUUAUUUACCUUAAUCUACAUUCCGAUAUCCGAUCAAGUAGGAAAGAUGGCUUCAACACAAGAAGCAAUUGUAAUGAAUGACAUGGAGAAAGACGUUGCUAACAAGCAACAACAAAACAGUGCGGCUGUUUCCAUGACGAACUCCACACGUGCAAAUGUUAAGUUUUCCAAAUCUAACAAUUGGUUUGGCCAAGUAACAGGUAGUUAUCCCGCAACCAUUGCUUCCUCGGCUCUUGGCAAAUUUACCCAUAACGCGGAUACUAAAAACGGCUCCAAGGGUGCGGUCAUAUAUUUGGGCACUAAUGUUCAAGGAUUCAAUUGUGGAUGGCUUUUGGCUUGGUCUGCACCCAAAGCUCCUACCCCAAAUAAUCCCAACAGGGUUUAUGUGACAUGUGGCGCAGCUGAGAAUUUCAAAAAUGUGAAUUGGAAUCAGAUCCUAACUAAACUGAAUACAUCUGGCGAUAUAGUGAAUUACCUUGACCCGGUUACCAAGACCGCUAUUCAUGCCAACAUCCAACCAGGCACCAACUCCGCAUCCGUGGGAGCAAGCUUUGGAGCCGUUUAAUCACCACAAGAACUUAUUGGACAUGUCUUAUGGACAUACUCCAUCUAAUUAAUUAUAACUACAUAAUUACGGGUCACUCAUAAUUGCACAUCGAAGCUAGGUUUUAUCCUUGCUUGAAUGAUGUUAAUUAUUUUUUCAGUAUUUCAAUAAUGGAUCCGAUCUAUAUCUGUUUA